CUUUCCCUUUAAUUGCCCUGAAAACACACUCACUCUCACAUAACACGGAAGGUGAGAGCUGAAUGAAGUUUUCUGGGUAAUGGCUUGAAAUGUUUUCCUUAUGAGAAAUGGUGUUGAGUUACAGCCUGCAGACUGAGAACUGGGAGGAGAGAAGCAACAGCCCCAGCCCAGCCCCCAUCUUUUCCUGGACUUGUAGGAAGGUGGACUUGGGCUCCCGGAGACAAGAUGGGUGAUAUGUUUAACUGUCUGUUGGCUGGAGUUGACUGCUCCCAGAGUGACCUAAGGACAGUGUUUAGCAGGGUUGAGCCAAGGGCCGGCCGAGCCGGCACAGAUGCUCUGCUGUGAAAUGCCACGCAGGCAGAGACUGACAAGCGGUAGGAGCUGAGCUUUCCCCUUGGACCGCUGCUUCCUGCUGUGUUCAAGGGGAGGGGGGCCCUUUCUGGCAACUCUGCUGCUGCUGCUGCUGCUGCUGCUGCUCUGCUGCUGCUGCUACUUCAGCCCCCUCUCCACUCAAGGUAAGCAGGCUCAAAGGGAGGGCAGGCUGCAAGGAAAGACUUUGCACCAUGAACAAGAUCCGAAAGUUUUUCCGAGGAAGUGGGCGAGUCCUGGCAUUUAUAUUUGUAGCUUCUGUCAUCUGGUUGCUCUUUGACAUGGCAGCUCUCCGCCUCUCAUUCAGUGAGAUCAACACCAGGGUCCUCAAGGAAGACAUUGUCAGAAGGGAGCGAAUAGGGUUCAGAGUUCAGCCAGACCAAAUGAAGAUCCUUUACAGCAGCAUAAAAGAGAUAAAGCCUCUACUGAGGGGACAUGGGAAGGGCAUAUGGGGCAAAGAGAACUUUAGAAAGACUGAGGAGAGUGUGCUCAAGGUUGGAGAUAAUUUCGACCAAACCCAGAGAGAAAGAAAAAUGCAGAAUGCCCUGGGAAGUGUCAAGGUUGCACCUUUGUGGCAUCCUGUACAUCUGCAGAUUCUCCCAAUGACAUUUACCAAGCAGAUGACAGAAGAGCAAGACAUCAAACCUGAAGCCUACUCUCACUCUAUGACACCAAAGCGAAAGACAGCUCAGGGGACUCAAAAAACCCCAUUCAUAGCAGGAAAAGGAACUCCAUUACCCAAAAUAUCUGUACACACAGGACCUGUUGGGAUAAACCAGGAGGCCCAGAAGAGUCAUAGUCAGAGCAGUGACACAUCAAAACAAGCAACCAAAAGGAACCUGAAUGUGACCAUUGGGCUUAAUACUAACAGAUCAAAGCAGCAAUCUCAGGCAAUAGCAAAUGAAAGGACACACCCUGCCAGCCCACCAGUGCCAAAAUCUAGGGAAGCCAUAGCCUUAAAUAAAACUGAGACUCAGAUCAAAGAACUAAAUGCAUAUAAAUACAAAGCCAAUAAGAACCUUCCCUUUUCCAAGUUCAUUGCCAAUCCGAAUCGCUUAAAAAAGCAGUCUAUUAAUGAGACACAGUUGGGAGGCUUGUCAAAGAAUGAUGGAGCCAAAGUGGAUGGUGGGAAGAAACUCAAUUUCUCUGAAAGCCAUGUUGUGAUUAUCACCAAAGAGGAGCUAAAGACAGACACCAAAGGGGUCCCCAAUCCUAAAAUUGAAACUAUAUUUCCUAUAGUGUUGGGUGAAAGCCAAGGGAAACACAUUUCUAGGAAUAGAAGUGAGGCAUCUUUCUCUUCACUUGCUCUAAAGAAAGCCACAGUGUCUCAAACCAAUCAAGUCUUAGCUGGGGGACCAAAGCCAACAAGAAUCAACUUAACUGACAAGGCCCAGCCGGAAGAACUCAACCAAAGUCAUGCAAAAGCACUUUCACCUGAAGACCACGAAAUGCACCAGGUGUUAAGCAUCGAUAUGACACUUUCACCAAGGGACUUCAAAGCUCCAGGUCAGUUUGGACGUCCUGUAGUUGUUCCCCAUGGAAAGGAAAAGGAAGCGGAAAGAAGAUGGAAAGAGGGAAACUUCAAUGUCUACCUCAGCGAUUUGAUCCCAGUGGACAGAGCCAUCGAAGACACAAGGCCUGCUGGGUGUGCAAAGCAGCUAGUUCACAAUAAUCUUCCAACCACCAGUGUCAUCAUGUGCUUUGUGGAUGAGGUAUGGUCCACUCUCGUGAGGUCUGUUCACAGUGUCCUCAAUCGCUCUCCUCCGCACCUCAUCAAGGAAAUUCUGCUGGUGGAUGACUUCAGCACCAAAGAUUACCUGAAAGAUAAUUUGGAUAAAUACAUGUCUCAGUUUCCAAAAGUUCGGAUUCUUCGGCUCAGAGAGAGACAUGGCUUAAUAAGAGCCAGACUAGCAGGAGCACAAAAUGCAACAGGUGAUGUGUUGACAUUCUUAGAUUCUCAUGUGGAAUGUAACAUUGGUUGGUUGGAACCUCUUCUGGAAAGAGUUUAUUUAAGUAGAAAGAAAGUAGCCUGUCCAGUAAUUGAAGUCAUCAAUGAUAAGGAUAUGAGUUAUAUGACAGUGGACAACUUUCAAAGAGGCAUCUUUGUGUGGCCCAUGAACUUUGGUUGGAGAACAAUUCCUCCAGAUGUUGUUGCAAAAAACAGAAUUAAAGAAACUGAUAUAAUAAGGUGCCCCGUCAUGGCAGGUGGAUUAUUCUCAAUUGAUAAAAAUUACUUUUUUGAACUUGGAACAUAUGACCCUGGGCUUGAUGUUUGGGGUGGAGAAAAUAUGGAGCUGUCAUUCAAGGUGUGGAUGUGUGGUGGUGAAAUCGAGAUCAUUCCCUGUUCCCGAGUGGGCCACAUAUUCAGAAACGAUAACCCAUAUUCCUUCCCUAAAGACCGGAUGAAGACGGUGGAGAGGAACUUGGUGCGGGUUGCCGAGGUCUGGCUGGAUGAGUACAAGGAGCUGUUCUAUGGCCAUGGGGAUCACCUCAUAGACCAAGGCUUAGAUGUCGGAAACCUCACCCAACAACGGGAACUUCGAAAGAAGCUAAAAUGCAAAAGUUUCAAAUGGUACUUGGAGAAUGUUUUCCCUGACCUGAAGGCUCCCAUUGUGAGGGCUAGUGGUGUGCUUAUUAACGUGGCCUUGGGUAAAUGCAUAUCCAUUGAAAACACCACAGCCAUUCUGGAAGACUGUGAUGGGAGCAGCAAGCUUCAGCAGUUUAAUUACACCUGGUUAAGACUUAUUAAACAUGGAGACUGGUGCUUGGCUCCUGUCCCUGAUGGUGGAGCACUGAGACUGUACCCUUGUGAUAACAGAAACAAAAGGCUAAAAUGGCUGCAUAAAUCAACAUCGGUCUUUCAUUCAGAACUGGUGAAUCACAUUGUUUUUGGAAACUACCAUCAGUUAUUAUGCUUGGAAGGAAAUUUUUCUCAGAAGACCCUGAAAGUUGCUGCUUGUGACCCAAAGAAGCCAUAUCAAAAGUGGAAAUUUGAAAAGUAUUUUGAAGACUGAAGAGGAACUGAUGUUUUCAUCUCGUAAACCCAUUAGAUACUGUGAAAAUAAUAGUGGACUUGAUGACUGUAUUUUCCCAUGGUAAUUUAAACUUUUAAAAUUAAUAACAUUUGAGUGGAAGAUUUAAAAAGUCACAAUAUUUGAGAUUCCAAAAUUUAACUCAGGGAAAAAGUCCAACAUUUAACUGGAGUCCUUCUUCAGUACUAGGUGGCCCUUUGAAUCGCCUACUUCCUGCCCUGUACUAAAAAUCAGCUUGUAAAUUUCUCUGUGCAAUCUAUCAGGUACCAGGAAAUGAAGACAGAAGUACUUGGGGAAGUAUGAUGAUACUCAUGAUGACUAUAUUUGACAAUAUCAUCUGUUUUGGCCCACAAGUAGGUUAAAAUCAGUGUCGACAGUGUCCUUUAUUUACUAUUUUUUAUCAAAAAAAAAAAAUGACUUGAGUCUCUAUGGCUGAAAGGCCUCAUAAAUUCACAGCUCUCUCCCUAUAGACUACAUGCAUGUUUACCUUAAAGUUUGAAAUAGUAUUAAUAUAAUACUCCUUGAUGGCAGGAUUUUUUGAUCUAGAUUACUACAUAAUGGUUUUUACCAAUCUAAGUCAGUGGAAAAAUUUUUUAAGUGAGGAAGUCAAAUGUUUAUUUAGUUCUAGUAAUGGACAUUUUUUCAGUUCAUUUUGUGCUUUUAAAACUACACUGAAAAAAAUAAUCAUACUAGUAACUUCCUAGACUUAUGUAGAUGUUAAAAAAGAAACAAGAAAAGGCAAAGUAAAAGAGACUGAUCCCAAUACACUGUAGUAACCUAAAAUACAUUUAAUCAUUGAACAUACUCUAAUGCAAGAAUAAAUUAGGGGAGUUGAAAGGAAAAAAAGCAGAAAUAGAGCACUGAAAAAUAUUAAGACUCUUUAUUAUAAAAUACUACCUUAGAUUUAACAGCAUUCAUUGGGAUGAAGUACGUUAAAAAUGGGCUCUAAAGAUUUCAAAGUAGAAAUAAAAUGAAGGAAACAUAAUAAAAUGGGAAUGGGAUUAGGUAAGCAACCCUCUGGAAGAGAAGCAAGAAAAAAUUACCCUAGACUUGGCCCAAAAGGAGAGGGGAUCCGGCACCUCUAUGAGGGAGGAAUAAUAAAGCCCUAGAUGUGGACCUGAUGGUAACACAGAUAAAUUUGGGGAGAAGUUCAAUAUUUCUUUGAUCUAAAUUGAGCCCCUAAUCUUAGGUAUGCCAAUACUUAGGCAUAUCAGAGAAGAUCUUUGAAAUCUUGAUAUACUUUACAUUCAUUUUGGUAAGAAAAUAGACACAUUACCUAUCUAGAAAUCUCAGGCUAGUCGAUGAGAGGAUCAGGAUUAGAAAAUGCAUCUCCAGAGACAAGUCUCAUUCGAUUGCCCCAGGCCACUGGCCUAAACAAAUCUGCUCCACAGCAUUUUUUUUGAAAGAGAUCCAUAAACUGUAUCUCUUUUUUGCUGGUAUUGGGUCUCCAGUGGAUAACCAUGCAAUAUGCUUGUUAAUAUUUAAAAAAAGAAAAAGAAAAAAAAAACUGUUCAGUUGAGCUGAUGAUAAAACUGGGAGUCUUUAGUUCUGACUUCCUAUUUAAAAUUUAUUUUCACUCUCAAUUAAAUACACAAAAGCAGAGAGAUAACUAAGAAUCCAAAAGGGGGAACAGUUUUGCAUAUUUGUAUUAUAUUUAAGGGUUUUUCCCCCCAAAUAAUUGACAUUGAAGAUGAGAUGAGAGAAUGACUAGAAAAUGAGAUAAUUCUUUUCAAAACAGAACUAUGAGGGGGAUAAAACACACGUCAGUUGCCAAAUGCCUAAUUGAAUUGCUGACCAAAGUGAAUAUGUUGGGUGCCUCAUGCAGUUCUUCAAGUAAUUAAAAGAUGUUGAAAGGUUAUUUUCCCCCAGUCUAAAGACUCUAUUUUUAUUCAAAAACAGUUUCUACCAAAAACUUCAACUCUAUUCAGAAAAUAAUGAAUUAUGUUUUGGAUAUACUUAACUUCAGGUAUACCAGCAGAAGAAAUUUGAAUGAAUUUCACAAAAAAAUACCUUCUACAAUCUGUUCAGUGUAUGCUCUUCCCGAUGUUACCUUGAGAUACUUAUUAUAUAAAGCUAUACUUAAACCUCUGUUAUCAAUAUAAAAAGGGUUGUUCUCAUACACCACAUGUUAGUUCUUGGGUAGAUAAAAACAGCUCUUAACAUGUAUUUACUUAAUUACUCUAAAACAAGGAACUAAUCUUUAGUUGGGAACCUUAUAGGCCUAACCUUAACAGUACCGACUAAUUGUGAAACCUAUUACCAACAUUUUUUUAAGCAUUGCCCUCUAAAUUUGUUUUCAGAAGACUGUAAUAAAGCUAUAAAUGCUA